AUGGUUAACUUCACGAUCGACGAGAUCCGGCAGCUUAUGGACAAGCCUACCAAUGUCCGUAACAUGUCCGUUAUUGCCCACGUCGACCACGGCAAGUCUACCCUGACCGACUCUCUUCUCGCCAAGGCCGGUAUCAUUUCUACCGCCAAGGCUGGUGAUGCCCGAGCCACAGAUACUCGCGCCGACGAACAGGAACGUGGUAUCACCAUCAAGUCUACUGCCAUCUCUCUGUAUGGUCAGCUUGGUGAGGAUGACGACAUUGCCGACAUUGUUGGCCAAAAGACCGACGGAAAGGACUUCUUGAUCAACCUCAUUGAUUCUCCCGGUCACGUUGAUUUCUCUUCUGAGGUUACUGCUGCUCUCCGUGUCACUGAUGGUGCUCUUGUUGUCGUCGACACCGUCGAGGGUGUCUGUGUCCAGACCGAGACUGUCCUCCGACAGGCCCUCGGUGAGCGCAUCAAGCCCGUCAUCAUCAUCAACAAGGUCGACCGUGCUCUUCUCGAGCUUCAGGUCUCCAAGGAGGAUCUGUACCAGUCCUUCUCCCGAACCAUCGAGUCCGUCAACGUCAUCAUUUCUACCUACCUUGACAAGUCUAUUGGUGACAUCCAGGUCUACCCCGACAAGGGUACCGUUGCCUUCGGUUCCGGUCUGCACGGCUGGGCUUUCACCGUCCGACAGUUCGCUGUCCGAUACGCCAAGAAGUUCGGUGUUGACAAGAACAAGAUGAUGGAGCGUCUCUGGGGCGACAACUACUUCAACCCCAAGACCAAGAAGUGGACCAAGAACGGCACCUACGAGGGUAAGCAGCUCGAGCGUGCCUUCAACCAGUUCAUCCUCGACCCCAUCUUCAAGAUCUUCUCCGCUGUUAUGAACUUCAAGAAGGAGGAGACCGCCACUCUCCUCGAGAAGCUCAACCUUAAGCUUCCCGCUGAGGACCGUGAGAAGGAGGGCAAGCAGCUCCUCAAGGCUGUCAUGCGAACUUUCCUUCCCGCUGCCGACUCUCUCCUCGAGAUGAUGAUUCUCCACCUUCCUUCUCCCGCCACUGCCCAGAAGUACCGUGCUGAGACUCUGUACGAGGGUCCCCCCGAUGACGAGGCCGCCAUUGGUAUCCGUGACUGUGACCCCAAGGGUCCUCUUAUGCUUUACGUCUCCAAGAUGGUGCCCACCUCCGAUAAGGGUCGAUUCUACGCCUUCGGUCGUGUCUUCUCCGGUACCGUCCGAUCAGGUCUUAAGGUCCGCAUCCAGGGUCCCAACUACGUCCCUGGCAAGAAGGAGGAUCUCUUCAUCAAGGCUAUCCAGCGUACUGUCCUGAUGAUGGGUGGCAAGGUCGAGCCCAUUGACGACAUGCCUGCCGGUAACAUUGUCGGUCUGGUCGGUAUCGAUCAGUUCCUUCUCAAGUCUGGUACCCUCACCACCAGCGAGACCGCCCACAACCUCAAGGUCAUGAAGUUCUCCGUCUCCCCCGUCGUCCAGCGUUCCGUCCAGGUCAAGAACGCUCAGGAUCUCCCCAAGCUUGUUGAGGGUCUCAAGCGUCUCUCCAAGUCCGAUCCUUGUGUGUUGACCAUGACCUCCGAGUCUGGUGAGCACGUUGUCGCCGGUGCUGGUGAGCUCCAUCUCGAGAUUUGCCUCAAGGAUCUUGAGGAGGAUCACGCCGGUGUUCCCCUGAUCAUCUCCGACCCCGUCGUCCAGUACCGUGAGACCGUUACUGCCAAGUCCAGCAUUACUGCUCUGUCCAAGUCUCCCAACAAGCACAACCGUCUGUACAUGGUUGCUGAGCCUAUCGAGGAGGAGCUCUCUCUUGCCAUCGAGGCUGGCAAGGUCAGCGCCCGUGACGAUUUCAAGGCCCGUGCCCGUGUCCUCGCUGACGACUUCGGCUGGGAUGUCACCGACGCCCGAAAGAUCUGGACCUUCGGCCCUGACGGCACUGGUGCUAACCUGUUGGUCGACCAGACCAAGGCCGUUCAGUACCUCAACGAAAUCAAGGAUUCCGUUGUCUCCGGUUUCCAGUGGGCCACCCGUGAGGGUCCCGUUGCUGAGGAGCCCAUGCGAUCUUGCCGCUUCAACAUCCUCGAUGUUACCCUCCACGCUGAUGCUAUUCACCGUGGUGGUGGUCAGAUCAUCCCUACUGCCCGUCGUGUCCUGUACGCCGCCUCUCUUCUCGCCGAGCCCGCUCUUCUCGAGCCCGUGUACCUUGUCGAGAUUCAGGUCCCUGAGCAGGCCAUGGGUGGUGUUUACGGUGUCCUUACCCGACGACGUGGUCACGUCUUCAGCGAGGAGCAGCGACCUGGUACUCCUCUGUUCAACAUCAAGGCCUACCUCCCCAUUCUCGAGUCCUUCGGCUUCAACGGAGAUCUCCGACAGGCCACCUCCGGACAGGCUUUCCCCCAGUCCGUCUUCGACCACUGGCAGAUCCUCCCCGGUGGCUCUCCCCUCGAUUCCACCACCAAGGUCGGACAAAUCGUCACCACCAUGCGAAAGCGCAAGGGUGUCAAGGAGCUCGUUCCUGGUGUCGAGAACUACUACGACAAGCUGUAA